AGACCAUAUCCUGCAUCCCAUGUACUAUAAUCAUCCAUGGAGCCUCCUACCGCCAUCAUAGUCGGUGCCGGCGUCGGCGGCGUGGCUGUUGCAGCGCGUCUAGCGAAGAAAGGCUACCGAGUGACAGUGGUAGAGAAAAACGCGGAAAUCGGGGGCCGAUGCUCCCUAUUACAUGACAAUGGCUACCGCUUCGACCAAGGCCCCUCACUUCUCCUUAUGCCCUCCUUCUUCCACCAAAUCUUCCACGACCUCGACACGACCAUGUCCGCCGAAGGCAUCACCCUUCAGAAAUGCAGCCCUAACUACCGCGUCUGGUUCCCCGACCACGACACCCUCGACCUGACCACCGACCUCCCUACCAUGAAAUCCCAAAUCGAAGCCCACGAGGGCCCACGCGGCUUUGACAGAUUCCUCCGCUUCCUCAUCGAAUCCGGCCGCCAUUACAACCUCUCCUGCGAAUACGUCCUGCACCGAAACUUUCCCAGCCUCUGGAGCAUGCUCCGUUUGGAUCUCCUCCUCGCGCUACCCUACCUCCACGCCUUCGAGAGCAUCUACACUCGUAUUAGCCGAUACUUUCACUCCGAGCAACUCCGCCAAGCAUUCACCUUUGCCAGCAUGUACCUCGGCAUGAGCCCAUUUGAUGCACCAGGGACAUACUCCUUAUUACAGUACUCCGAACUCGCCGAAGGAAUCUGGUACCCCUUCGGUGGCUUUCGAACGAUCCUCGACGCCCUCGCCAAAAUCAGCACCCGCCACAACGCAACCUACAUCAUGAACACCCCCGUCACAUCCAUCGAACUCACCCCGGACCAGAAAUCCAUCACCGGCGCGCGUCUCGCCACCGGAACCCUCCUCACCGCAGACAUCGUCAUCGUCAACGCUGACCUAACCUACGCUUACAACCAUCUCCUCCCGCAAACACCCUACUCUAAAGCCCUACAACGAAAGCCAACAUCCUGCAGUACCAUCUCCUUCUACUGGGGUCUCGACACCACGGUUCCAGAACUCCAAGCGCAUAACGUCUUCCUCGCAAAAGAAUAUCGAGCGAGUUUCGACACCAUCUUCCAGGGAAACCGUAUCCCCGAAGAACCGUCCUUUUAUCUCCACGUACCGAGCAGAAUCGAUCCCUCGGCAUCACCACCCGGAACAGAUGCGGUGGUUGUAUUAGUGCCCGUGGGACAUCUUCCGAACCCAUCUUCAUCUACAGUUCCCUCUACCAUUUCCUCAGAAACAAUAAAUACAAUCCGUGCUAAAAUCCUCACCACCCUCGCCAGACACACAAAAACCAACCUCACCCCACAUAUCCUCUCCGAGAAAAUCGAAACGCCCUACACGUGGAACAGCAAAUACAACCUCGACCGGGGCGCAAUUCUCGGCCUCUCGCAUUCGUUUCUCAACGUCAUGUGUUUUCGGCCCGGCAUUCGGCAUAGAGAUAUUCGGGGACUGUUUUUUGUAGGCGCGAGUACGCACCCGGGGACGGGGGUUCCGGUUGUGAUUGGGGGGAGUGGGAUUACAGUUCAGGAGGUGGAGGAGUUUAUGAAGGGGAGGAAAAGUACGAAGGGGGGUAGGAAUAGGAUGAGGUGGAUGGGUAUGGUGUUUGUGGUUAUGGUGGGAUGUUUAGUUGUGGGAUUGGUGUUGAUGAUAAGAUUGGGGGUGGAAUGGGAGGGUUUGUUUGGGAGAAAUGGGAGGAUGGGUGUAGAUGAGUUGUGAGUGUGUGGAAUGGAUGUGGUGGGUGGUGAUGUGUUGUCUUUUGUGGAG